CAUGCACUCCACUUUGGAAUGAAUCAUCGAUCAAAGAUUCAUCGAUCGUAGAUUGAUAUGUCUUCCCAAGACAAAUUAACUCGUAUUGCUAUCGUAAAUACUGAUCGAUGUAAACCAAAGAAAUGUCGACAGGAAUGUAAGAAAGCAUGUCCUGUCGUUCGUAUGGGUAAACUAUGUAUUGAGGUAACACCAACUUCGAAAGUUUGUAGUAUCUCAGAGGACUUAUGUAUUGGUUGUGGUAUAUGUGUGAAGAAAUGCCCAUUUGAAGCUAUAAACAUAAUAAAUUUGCCAAGUAACCUUGAAAAAGAUACAACUCACAGAUAUAAUGCCAAUUCAUUUAAGUUACACAGAUUACCGACACCUCGCCCCGGUGAGGUUUUGGGGUUAGUGGGUACAAAUGGUAUUGGGAAAUCUACAGCACUAAAAAUCCUAGCUGGAAAACAGAAACCAAACCUUGGAAGGUUUGAUAAUCCUCCUGACUGGCAAGAAAUUUUACAAUACUUCCGUGGAUCAGAACUUCAAAAUUAUUUUACAAAGAUUUUAGAAGAUGAUUUGAAGGCAAUUAUUAAGCCACAAUAUGUUGAUCAGAUUCCUAAAGCUGUAAAGGGUAGUGUACAGUCCAUACUUGAUAGAAAAGAUGAAACUUGUUCUCAGGAACAGUUCUGUGAACAAUUAGAUCUAUUGUCAGUUCGUGAGCGGAAUGUCGAUGAACUUUCUGGUGGUGAAUUACAGAGAUUUGCCUGUGCUGUUGUUUGUGUUCAGCAAGCUGACAUUUUUAUGUUUGACGAACCCUCAAGUUAUUUGGAUGUCAAACAACGUCUUAAAGCUGCUCUUGCUAUAAGGAACCUUAUAAGAAGUGAUCGGUAUAUUAUUGUCGUGGAACAUGAUUUGAGUGUCUUGGAUUAUUUAUCUGACUUUAUCUGUUGUUUGUAUGGUGUCCCUGGUGCCUAUGGUGUUGUUACUAUGCCAUUUAGUGUCAGAGAAGGGAUAAACAUAUUUUUGGAUGGCUUUGUUCCAACUGAAAAUCUACGUUUCAGGGAAACAUCUUUGACAUUUAAAGUGGCAGAAACAGCAGACAAGGAGGAAGAAAUUAAAAAAUUAAGAAGAUAUAGUUAUCCUGAUAUGAGAAAAGUUUUGAAAACAUUUGAGUUGAAAGUUGAAGCUGGUUCAUUUACAGAUUCUGAAAUAAUUGUUAUGCUUGGGGAAAAUGGUAGGAAAACAACAUUUAUCAGAAUGUUGGCUGGCAAACUACCCCCAGAAGAUGGUGCUGAAAUUCCAUUGCUUAAUGUCAGUUAUAAACCACAGAAAAUCAGCCCGAAAUCUCGUGGAACUGUGCGGCAGUUAUUGCAUGAAAAGAUUCGUGAUGCAUACAUUCAUCCGCAGUUUAUUACGGAUGUGAUCAAACCACUUCAAAUAGAAAGUAUAUUUGAUCAAGAAGUACAGAACUUGUCUGGUGGUGAACUACAACGUGUUGCGUUAACCCUCUGUCUUGGCAAGCCUGCGGAUGUUUAUUUGGUUGAUGAACCAUCGGCUUACUUGGAUUCUGAACAGCGUCUUGUUGCUGCUAAAGUAAUUAAGAGGUUUAUUUUGCAUGCGAAGAAAACUGGUUUUGUUGUUGAACACGAUUUUAUAAUGGCAACGUAUCUUGCUGAUCGUGUUGUUGUAUUUGAUGGAACACCGUCAAUUUCUACUUUUGCAAGAAGUCCUCAAAGUUUAUUGACGGGGAUGAAUAAGUUUUUGGAAUCCUUGAACAUAACAUUCCGAAGAGACCCAGGCAACUUCAGACCAAGGAUAAAUAAACUAAAUUCAGUGAAGGAUGUGGAGCAAAAACAGGCGGGAAAUUUCUUUUUCUUGGAUGAUGCUUAAGACAUUUCCGCAACGUCACAAGCUGCUUCUGGGAUAUAACAUUUUUUGCUGUCUUUCACCUUUGCAAUAAAACUAACUAACUACAUUGUUAAUGACAGCGAAAUAAGACCAGCAGUGAAACCUCAAAAGUUGAUUGUUCAGUUGCAUCGAACAGGAAAAAUAGUGGCAGAAUAACCAGCCUUGCAUAGUAGACGAUAUUGUUAAACCGACAUCCCCGAUUUUUUGCGGAGAAUGGCGAUAUAACUGGAAUGCAAAAAAUUGCAAAUCUGUGAAGCAUUGGUGUUAAUGAAGAAUUUACGUGUAGAAUGUACGAAAUUUGAUCACAAUUAUGCAAAUAAAACCAUUUCAUAUCAGGAA